GUUCCGAUAUUGUAUAAUAGAAAAAUAAAAAAAUUUAUGAUGAGGUUCACACCUGCCAAAAGGGGACACACUGGAAAAGUAUGAGAUCGGCCGGGCAAUUUUUCAGGAGAGUAGUUAGCUACUUGUGGACAGCACUAGUAAAAUAUGUUGAGACAUCUGGUACGUGUAGGAUCCAGAAGAUUGAAUGGAUCGUUAACUAAAGGUAUAUUAAAUAGUAAAUUUUCAAAAUUUGCUAGAUUUCAAUCCAACACUACUGAACAACCAGAAACAGUUACUAUUGUACCAGCCAUUAGUAAACUUACUCCACGAGAAAGUUAUGAUAAAGAUCUUGAAGCUUCAUUAGUUAGUUUAUUAAAAUCUCGUCAUUUAAUUGAAGCUACUAGUAGUGAUGAUUUAUUUGAAUUACCUUCAACUCAAAAAUUCACUCUUUAUUGUGGAGCUGAUCCUUCAGCUCCUUCCCUUCAUUUGGGGAAUUUAUUACCAUUAAUGGUACUACUUCAAUUUAAUUUACGUGGUCAUGAUGUGGUAGGACUUGUUGGUGGUGCUACUGGAGCUGUUGGUGAUCCAAGUGGUCGUACUUCUGAACGAGCUCAAAUGUUAGAAAAAGAUCGAGUAGAUAACGUAUCGAAGAUUGAAUCACAAAUCAAAGGAUUUUUAGAAAAUGGGAUAACUUAUGCCAUAUCUAGAAAUUUCCCAUUACAACCUGGAAAAAUCAUUAUUGAAAAUAAUUACAAUUGGUGGAAAUCUAUUGGAAUGUUGGACUUCUUGUCUACUUACGGAAGAUAUAUUCGAAUAAGUUCUAUGUUAAGUCGUGAUUCAAUUCAAUCUAGAUUACAAUCUCAAGGUGGUUUAGGAUUUAAUGAAUUCACUUAUCAAAUAUUACAAGCAUAUGAUUUUUGGCAUCUUCAUAAGACUCAUAAAGUUAAUCUACAAAUUGGAGGAAAUGAUCAAUGGGGGAAUAUUACAGCAGGAAUUGAUUUAAUUUCUCGAUUACAAAGACAACAGUCUGAAGAAGUAGAGAAUACUUCAAAAACAUCAAGUUCUGCCUAUGGUAUGACAGUUCCAUUAUUGACUACACCAUCUGGAGAGAAAUUUGGUAAAUCAGCCGGAAAUGCAGUAUUUAUUGAUAAAUCCAUGACAUCUCCUUAUCAAUUAUUUCAAUAUUUCAUUAAUACACCAGAUGAGAUGGUUUCUAAAUUAUUAAAAAUUUUUACUUUAUUACCCACAGAAAUCAUUGAUACUGAAAUAAUGGUCGAACAUGAACUGGAUCCUGGAUUACGUAUAGCGCAAAGAAUUUUAGCGAGAGAAGUUGUUGAUCUUAUUCAUGGUAUAGGUAUGGGUGAUAAAAUGGCUUAUAUCACUAGCUUUUUAUUUCCAACACCAGAUCAACCAUUUGAUGAUCACAUUAGUGCCAAUAAAUUAAUUGAAAAUUUUGAUAAAUCUGGUAUAUUACUUAGAGUAAAAGCACCACCUGCAGAAGAAGAAAUCAAAUUAAGCACAAUAUUGGCAAAGGUUACUGGGAAAUCCAGACGUGAAAUUAAGACAUUAAUUAGAUCUGGUGGACUUUACCUUGGUCUAGAACGUGAUAAAUUUGAAGAUCCUGAAGAUGUAGUAUUAUUUGAUAAAGAGAAUCAUCUAAUUGAUGGUAAAUUAUUACUCGUUAGAAUUGGGAAACAAAACUAUUAUGUUGUUGAAUUCUAUUAAACCAAAAUCUUGUAUAUAACCAAGCAUUAAGUAGUCUAGAAAAGUAUGAUCUUAUAUAUUACUGAACAUAAAGUAUUGUACAUCAGUCAUAUAUAGUCUACUUGGUAUAGCCCUGUAAAUAUUAUUUAUGUAAUUCAUCGGCAUAGUUUUUUUGUAGUCUUCUUUUUUUUGCAUCCGCUUUUAUUCAUACCCGGGCCUCAACUGUUUAUCUACUAAAUCUCGAGAAAUACUAGCAACGUUUGCUGCAGAGCUUAUCAGUGACUAGAGAACAGAUUGUUAAUCACUUGUGGAGCAUCCUUUAACUUAACAAAGUUGCCAUAAUUUGUUAAAGUAAAAACAGUAUAGGCCGGAUUUGUGGAGUUAACGUUUGUGUUAUUGCCGAAGCAAACAAAAACUACGCCAUAAUUUGCUCCAAAAAUGGAAAUGUCAUGCUGUGCGCCUGUAAUUACAGAGAAAUUUUUAAUUAUAAAUAACUGUUCACUCUUCAC